GGCGUAGGUGGGGGGUGACAUAGGAGGAGCUAAAGUCUAAAGUCCAGGUGGUCCAAAAUGCGUAAAAACGCAGCGUAAAAAAAAAGAGGCAAAAACACUCACGAAACACACCACCUCGCCGCAGCUCUCUGUUGUUGGGCUGAUUUCAGAGGAGAGAGGAGGGAAAAGUACGGCGUUUGGAUUUGCAGCGGGAGGAAGACCCGAAACAAUUGGCCGCGUUGCGGUGGUGCUGCGCUGCGACAAAAACCCGAAAAACAAACGGGCACUAAACGGAGCGGGGUAAACUUUUUCUCUGGUGUGCCGAACUCGACAGUUGCCUUACCUGGACAUUUUUCGGCUACUCUUGUCAGCGACAAGUGGAGAUAUGUUCAAGAAAACCAAGAGUAAAGUACUGGUGGAUUAUGCGUCAGAGGAAGACGACAUGUCCUGGCAUUAUCAUCACUCCUACAAGGACAAAGACCUGGGAGAGGAAGAGGAGGAGGACGCUGGCACUGCGUUAGCCAAGGAGGCAAAGGUGAAAAAGAUGGUGUCAAAGAAGGAGAGGAAGGAGAAAAAGAUGCUGUCCUCUAAGGAUGACGAGCACUUGUUGCUGUCCGGGGUGAAGGCGGCAGAGCGCAAAGUGUCCAACAAAAAGCUCAAGGAAGGUGAGAAAGAGAAGAAGGACAAGCCGGAAAAGGGGCACUGUUUCUGGGACAGUGUUACGAUGACGAUGAGGCAAAUCUCGCCUGCCAAAAAACUGGAGAAGAUGGAGGGCUGGGAGCCGCCACGGUUGGCGAUUGUGUCUGAGAUUGUGCCUGACGAAGCCCUCAUUGAGAACGGUCAGAACGGGGAGUCGGCGUUGUCCCUUCCUCCCGACUCCUUAAGCGUUCCCUUGGAAAUUCCUUCGUGGGGUGGCCAGGGCUUUGAGGAGGACUCCUCUCGCUAUGCCAACCUGACGGACUCCAAUGACCCAGCAGCUGCAGUGAGGUGGACGUCCCGUGCCAAGGUCAAGCUGGCUGGCAUCAGCAGAAUGAGCAGAGGGAUCGCAUCAGAGAGCCCUUGGGCAGGAUUUAAACAGUAGCAUUGUUUUGCUCAGUAGACAAUCUGAACCAGAUUUCUGCCUCUUUCUAGUCUAACUCCAGAAGGAAAACGUAAUGCUAGAGACUGUCAUACAAGAGGCAGUGCCUUAAAUUGCUAUACCAGUAGUGGCCAGUAGAUGCCAGGAUUUCUUAUUCUCCUACUUGUGUCCGUUGAGAGCAUUAAAGGGCAUACAGUG